GCGCGCGCAGACACCCAGUAUAAAUGCCUCAGGUUGCCAUUCUCCCGCUCGCAGUGUGUGCUUGAUCGUUAGUGUGACCACAACCGUGCAAGGACUUACAAAGAUGUAUUCAAGGUGUUUAAUAGUGCUUGCGGCCGUUGGCGUGGCGAUGGGCCAAGAAUCCUUCAAAUGUCCUGACGAUUUCGGCUUCUACCCUCACCACGUAUCAUGCGACAAAUACUGGAAGUGCGACAACGGUGUAGCCGAGCUGAAAACAUGCGGAAACGGUCUCGCCUUCGACGCCACCGACUCCAAGUACCUCACCGAGAACUGCGACUACCUCCACAAUGUUGAGUGCGGAGAGAGGACACAGCUUGAACCCCCGAUCUCCACGCCCCACUGCCAGAGACUGUACGGUAUCUUCCCCGACGAGCAGAAGUGCGACGUGUUCUGGAACUGCUGGAACGGCGAGGCCUCUCGCUACCAGUGCAGCCCCGGCCUGGCCUACGACAGAGAGGCUCGCGUGUGCAUGUGGGCUGACCAGGUCCCUGAGUGCAGGAACGAGGAGGUCGCGAACGGUUUCGCCUGCCCCUCCCCCGGUGAGGUCUCCAACGCCGGCUCCUUCAGCCGUCACGCUCACCCCGAAGACUGCCGCAAGUACUACAUCUGCCUCGAGGGCGUUGCCCGCGAGUACGGCUGCCCCAUCGGCACGGUGUUCAAGAUCGGUGAUGCCGACGGCACCGGCAACUGCGAAGACCCCGAGGAUGUUCCCGGAUGCGAGGACUAUUACGGAGACGUGGACCUGAAAGCGCUGAAGAAACUGGGAUUCUGAAUGAUGAGAAGCGGCUCCAAAGACAGACUGAAAUUCAAUCUCUUCGACUUGUUAUGAUAUGCCUCUUCAGUUAGUUGACAGUUACUUAGGCUGAUGGGCACUAAAGCUGGCAUUUAGGUAUUAGAUUCAAAGGGUUUAGCUUGAGUAUCGAUUAGCUACCUAGUGCUUCACACUCGGAAUAUACCUACUUGGAUAUUGUAAUUCGAGCUACAUAUCUAAUGUCUGCGUAACCUUCGUUUGCUAUGUUAUAGAAAGAAACAUACCUAACAUUAAAUACAAGUGAUAUUAUUUACUUUAACGGAACUAAAUCGAAUAUAUUUAAGUUUUACAAUUACCUCAGAGGUUUCGUGGUCUCGGAGAAGUUUUCUUCGUUAAAAUAAAUAAUGAUGUGUGAAAAUCUUGAAAGUUUAAAACAGUGAGACACAGCAUAUUUGAGGAACUUUUCUUCGUGAGGAAAAUGUCUGAAACAACUUCAAACUUCACUAAAGGUUCGAAUUGUUGAAUUUGGUAACUGCCAUGAUGGUGCAUAUUAUUAAUAUAGAAAUUGAAUUGUAGAGAGAAGCCAUACAACAGCUUUGUAUAUACCUACAAGACACUGUCGCCGUUGUUUUGAAUCAAGAAUUUUUAUCACCAUUAAUUUAAUCUGUGUUAUUCGCUCAUUGAUCUUGUGUUUCAUUUGCUUCUGUUUAAAUUUAAGAUCGAAGUAUUUGUCAGGGUUGCAUAGUCGAAAAGUUACCCCCGUCUGUCUGAAGAGGCGCUCAAAUCAUUUUGUUUUCAAACUAGUAUAUAAGUGAGUAUACUCAUAUACACGAAUUUUUUGACAAAAAUUUUAUCAUCUGGAAGAUUUAUAAUUGUUGCCAAAAAAUGGAAUUGCAUUGCAAUGUUUUAAUUCUGACGCUAACGUCGGAUUUUAGUCAUAUCUUAGUUUACGGUAGUUUAGGCUAGUUUUACGAGUGAAAUUGGUACUGUAAAUAAACUUUCUAUUUUCUAU